AUGUUUUGCAAAGCUGUCUUGUUCGCUGUCGCCCUCGCGUCGCUAAGCUCUGCCUCUCCAGUGACGCAGGAGUCUGGUUCUCGAGUUGCCUUGCACAAACGCAAUAACUUGACCAGGGCAGACGGCGUGUUUGAUCACGAGAAAGCCAUCAAGCAGACAAUCCGCACACAUAAUAAGCAUCGUCAGAACUUGAUCAACCUUAAGCGGAACAAAGGGUCUGAGGCACUCAAUCAGGGUGCCGAAAUUUUGCCUAUCCGUACCUACGAGGUCCCAAGUCACGACAAACGUCAGAAUGAGCCAUUGACCGACGAAUCUAACGAUCUGGAGUGGGCAGGUACCAUCUCCAUCGGAACUCCUGCACAGAACUUCCUGAUCGACUUCGACACUGGCUCGUCUGACCUGUGGGUUCCUUCGAUCAACUGCACGAGUGCGGUUUGUACUUCGAAGAGUAGGUACUCCGCCGCCAAGUCGUCCUCCGACGUGCCAAAGAGUGGCACUUUCUCGAUCGAAUACGGUGAUGGGUCCACGGUAUCAGGGCCUGAAUAUACUGAGACUGUCGUUGUUGCUGGUAUCAAGACGACAGGUCAAUAUUUCUCGCCUGUGACCACGCUAUCGAACAGCUUUGCGAAUGAUCCUAUUGACGGCCUCCUUGGGAUGGCGUAUCCUGGUAUCUCACAGCUGCGCGAGAGUCCUUUUUUCAACACAGCCAUGACACAAAAAACUGUGCCGAAUGGUGUGUUCGGGAUGAAGCUCGCAUCAAGUGGAUCAGAGUUGUACCUCGGGGGCACUGAUAGUAAACUCUACACUGGCUCAAUCGAGUAUCAUUCAGUGCCGGGUACCGGCUUCUGGCAGGCGAGCAAUGCGAAAGCUCUGGUGGGUACUACCACAGCCAUGUCGGGGUUCCAGACGGUCAUUGAUUCUGGUACCACAAUCAUGUACGGUCCCCCGUCCGCUGUCAAAACCUUCUAUUCCAAAGUGCCUGGAGCACAAGUGUUUGAUUCCACCAAUGGCUAUUACUCUUUUCCUUGCAACUCUGUCCCCAAGGUCUCGUUUAGCUGGGGCGGAAAAUCCUGGGCCAUCAGUGCAGCUAAUUUUAACCUUGGCAAAACCUCUACCACUUCGAGUCGGUGUGUGGGCGCUCUUGCUGGCCAAAAUCUUGGGCUGGGUACCAACGUCUGGCUACUUGGUGACAGCUACAUGAAAAACGUCUACACCGUGUUCUCAUUUGAUAAGCAGUCGGUUGGUUUUGCUACGCUGUCCUGA